UAUCAUAUAGUGAGAUCGUCAGCUUAAAAGGUGUUGAAGCUUCUAAAUCUUUCAAAGUUUAAAACAUUAUCUUUAUUGAUGAGAUAAUAUUUACAAAAAUCUUAAGUUGUAUACAGUUUUAAAAAAACACAGUAUGUUGUCAACAGACAGCCGUGUCAAUGGAGUCCCACAUUUUGAUGUAAAAAUAACUGAUAAGAAUCUUGACAAUACAGUGCGGUCAUUGAUGAGUCAUAUCAAGAAGUCUUGGGAUAUCACAAAAUUACACCACAAGGUUUAUGACAGUGGAAUUACCAACAAACUGGUUGGAUAUUAUGUUGUUGAUGGCGAUUUAAAAGUAUCAACUCGUUUUGGAGAAUAUGGUCGUUCUGAUAUUGUUCUGGUUAGAAUAUAUGGUAGUAAAACUGAACUAAUCAUUGACAGAGCACAAGAAUUAAGAAAUUUCCAAGAGCUAUCAAGGUGUAGUGCUGCACCUCCAUUAUAUUGCACAUUUCAAAAUGGAUAUUGUUAUAGGUAUCUUGAAGGGAAAGUGCUGGGUGUGGAAGAUUUUAAAAAUCCAGUCAUACUUAAUCUUUGUGCAAAAUACAUAGCAAAGUUACAUUCUUUGCGGCUUAGCGAUGAAUACUUGAAACAACAUAAAAUGGAAUCAACAUUAUUUUCCACAAUGCGAAAGUACAUUAAUUUAAUCCCUGCAGAAUAUGAAUCGAAAGAAAAACAGGAACGGUUUUUAUCAGCUGUACCAAGCAAAAAGGACCUUCUUGGUGAAGUCAGUGUGAUAGAAGAAGCUGUAUCAAAACUUGAAAAGAAAAUGAUCACAUUUUGCCACAAUGAUUUGCUUUGCGCAAACUUCAUUUUUGACGAAUAUGAAGAGGAGAUACACUGCAUUGAUUAUGAAUAUGGCUGUCCUAACUAUGCUGCUUACGAUAUUGCGAACAAUUUCAACGAAUUUGCAGGUAUCGAUGAGCCAGACUUUUCUUUAUAUCCAAGUGAAGAAACACAACGUGUUUGGUUUAAAACAUACCUACAAACAUAUAACGACAUAAAUGGUAUAAACAGAGCUGUACAAAAAGCGGACGUGGAUGGUCUUUACGUGCAAGUCAAUCAGUUUUCAUUGGCAUCACAUCUGUUUUGGGGAAUAUGGGCGUUGGUUCAAGCGCACGUUUCGCAAAUUGACUUUGAUUACAUGGAGUAUGGUAUCCUACGAUUUAAUGAAUAUUUCGCUCGAAAAGAUAAAUGUCUGGCUCUCAACAAAGAAGAGAAUGAAACGAAGCAGUGACAUAGAAGAGGACUUGUUUUGAGUAUUCUGCGCGUAAAAUGAAAAAUAAACAAGGGAAGGGUGGCUGUGUCAGGACACUUUCUCUUUAAACAACAAAAUUGGUGAGAAUUCAAAAAGCGGAAAAAAAAUUUUUCAGCACAUUUUUUGGUUCACAAGACGAAGUUCAUGUAUUUUUUGGAACCAUUUAUUCUUCCUUAAAUGUAUUGCUAUUAUUAUUUAGCAUUUUUUAUGUUACAGAACGAAAAUAAUAUACAAAUAAAUAAUGUUCGUAGUAAUUUUAAAAUGUUAAGGGGAGAGGGUUAGACUGAAGUGAUGUGAAGUUAUUAUCUAAUAUUGUUUUUUAAAAAACGAGGUUUCGUUUCGUUAAAAAAAUACUUGGCUGAGUUUUACCUUUGUGUUUUCGCUAACUAAGUAUGUAUGAAGAAUGUAUUCUUCGGGAGAACUUUAUCAGGGAAGGGCCUAGGCCAACACCCAAAUUCCACCCUCUUCUCACUGCGUUAUUUUUAUUUGUUUUUGAUGUUUUUUUUAUUAGGAUUUUACGUCAUAUUGUUAAAUGGUUAUGUAAAUUAGUCGCAUUUUUCAAAGUUUCCUAUGGCAGAUGCAAUCAGUAAGAAAAUUUUAAUGGCAGCAGACAAAUAGAUGCACCAAUUUUUUUCUCACCUCCCAAUUAAUGUUUGAUCACACAGCGAAGAAACGCAACGACCUGCGGGGAAGCGUUUUCGCAUUGCAAAAGCAUUGUACUGCCAUAAUUAAUGUUACUGAUUGUAUAUAGUAACAUUUGACGGAUUUUUUUAAAAAAUAAGAAAACAAUUUGUAUUUAUAUUAAAAUGUUAAAAAAAAAAUCAACUUUUUAA